UCAGUGGUUCGCAGUUAUUCCGCGAGAGGUUUUCGUAAUCGAAGAUCGCAGCUGUGUCGCACGCGCUGGACAAAGUUGUUUGACAUUUUGAUUCCUACUUAAAUGUAACACAGUCGCGCAUCAACGAUGGGAAUACUGGAAAAGAUCUCGGAAAUCGAGAAGGAAAUUGCACGAACGCAAAAGAACAAAGCUACCGAAUACCAUUUGGGCUUGCUGAAGGCGAAACUUGCCAAGUAUAGAUCCCAGCUCUUGGAACCAUCGAAAAAGUCGGAAAAGGGCGAAGGUUUCGAUGUGCUAAAGUCGGGAGAUGCCAGAGUCGCGCUAAUUGGUUUCCCAUCAGUCGGCAAAUCCACUCUACUCAGUACCUUACUGCCACCCUCGGAGGCUGCAUCCUAUGAAUUCACUACCCUGACAUGUAUUCCUGGUGUUAUCGACUACAAAGGUGCUAAUAUACAAUUGUUGGAUCUGCCUGGUAUAAUAGAAGGAGCAGCGCAGGGAAAAGGACGAGGCAGGCAGGUCAUAGCUGUUGCCAGAACAGCCGACUUGGUUCUUAUGAUGUUAGAUGCAACCAAACAGGACGUUCAACGACAACUUUUGGAAAAAGAAUUGGAAUCAGUUGGAAUAAGACUCAAUAAGAAGAAACCGAAUAUUUAUUUCAAGGUGAAAAAAGGUGGCGGAUUAGCCUUCAAUUCAACAUGUCCUCUGACGAAAGUAGACGAGAAACUAGUCCAAAUGAUUCUUCACGAAUAUAAAAUCUUUAAUGCUGAAGUUUUAUUCCGUGAAGAUUGCAGUGCGGACGAGUUGAUCGAUGUCAUCAACGCGAACCGAGUGUACUUGCCCUGCCUUUAUGUAUAUAAUAAAAUUGAUCAAAUUUCGAUAGAGGAAGUCGAUCGGAUUGCCCGGCAACCUAAUAGUGUUGUAGUUAGCUGUAAUAUGAAGUUGAAUUUAGACUUCCUACUGGAAGUAUUAUGGGAAUAUCUAUCCUUGAUAAGGGUGUACACAAAAAAGCCUGGCCAACCACCCGACUUUGACGAUGGUCUAAUAUUGAGGAAAGGCGUAACAGUGGAGCAUGUAUGUCAUGCAAUUCAUCGUACACUUGCUCAACAAUUUAAAUACGCCCUUGUAUGGGGUACAAGUACCAAAUACUCGCCUCAGCGAGUAGGAUUGCAGCAUGUGAUGCACGAUGAGGAUGUCGUGCAAAUAAUGAAAAAAUAAAUUUUGAUGAAACUUGUAAAAUCGAUAAACAAAUAUAUCGAUAUCAUCAUAUGAUUGUUAUAUGAUAUAUAUAUAAAACGCGAGAGAAAAUUACUACUAUCAACAAAUUAUAAAUCUUAGGAUGAAUGUGCGUUUACAUAGAUUACAUACAUUUCAAACUUAUGAACUUGCAAAUAUUGUUCCAAUAAAUUCGCAAAAACAAAACAAA